AUGAAGUCCGUUGUCGCCGCCCUCUCAGUGGCCGCCAUCGCCCAGGCCUCGUCCUUCAAGAUUGGCACCAUUCAUCACGAUUCGGCCCCGAUCCUCGAUGCCACCCACUCCAACACCAUUCCCGGUGCCUACAUUAUCAAGUUCAAGGAGCAUGUCGAUGAACCGAAGGCCAAGACUCACCACUCCUGGGUCUCGGAUAUCCAUAACGAUGGCAAGCAGCAGCGCCUCGAGCUUCGCAAGCGAGGCCUCUUUGACUCAGUCGAAGAUGCAUUUGAUGGCGUGAAGCACACCUUUGAUCUCGGCUCUGGCUUCCGCGGUUAUGCUGGCCGCUUUGACGACGCCGUCAUUGAGCAGAUCCGCAACCACCCUGACGUCGAGGCCAUCGAGCGUGACUCCAUUGUACACACCAUGGUCCCCAUCAUCACCAAGGAGACUGUUACCGAGGACACUUGCAAACCCGAGACGGAGAAGCAGGCUCCUUGGGGUCUUGCCCGUAUCUCCCAUCGCGAGACUCUUGGAUUUGGUACCUUUAACAAGUAUCUCUACGCUGAAGAGGGUGGUGAGGGUGUUGAUGCCUACGUUAUUGACACUGGCACCAACAUUGCCCACGUCGAUUUCGAGGGCCGCGCCAAGUGGGGUUACACUGCCCCCGACGGCGAUGCCGAUGAGGAUGGCAACGGUCACGGCACUCACUGCUCCGGCACCAUCGCCGGCAAGAAGUACGGUGUUGCCAAGAAGGCCAACGUUUACGCCGUCAAGGUGCUCCGCUCUAACGGCUCGGGCUCCAUGUCGGAUGUGAUCAAGGGUGUCGACUGGGCUGCCAAGUCCCACGAGGAACAGGUCAAGAAGGCCAAGGACGGUAAGCGCAAGGGCUUCAAGGGCUCCGUCGCCAACAUGUCUCUUGGUGGUGGCAAGACUACUCUGCUCGACAUGGCUGUCGACGCCGCCGUUGCCAAGGGCCUCCACUUUGCUGUUGCUGCUGGUAACGAUAACGCCGAUGCCUGCAACUACUCUCCCGCUGCCGCCAAAAAGGCCGUCACCGUCGGUGCCUCCACCAUUGAUGACAGCCGUGCCUACUUCUCCAACUACGGCAAGUGCACUGACAUCUUUGCCCCCGGCCUGAACAUCCAGUCCACCUGGAUCGGCUCCAAGUAUGCCAUCAACACAAUCUCUGGCACCUCCAUGGCCUCUCCCCACAUCUGCGGUCUUCUCGCCUACUACCUGUCUCUCCAGCCCGCCUCUGACUCUGAGUACGCUGUUGCCUCCAUCACCCCUGCUGAGCUCAAGGACAACAUUAUUAGCAUCGGCACCAAGAACUCUCUGAGCGAUAUCGACUCCGAGACUCCCAACGUUCUUGCCUGGAACGGUGCCGGCUGCAGUGACUACAAGAAGAUUGUUCAGGCCGGUGGCUACGAGGCCAAGAGCACCUCGUCCAAGUCUGAGAGCGUCCAUACCAUGAUUCAGCACGAGAUUGAUGUUGUUUCUGGCGAGAUUACCAAGUCUGCCAAGACUUUCGGCAGCAAGGCUGAGAAGUUUGCCAAGAAGAUCCAGCACAUUGUUGAUGUCGAGGUCGAGGACUUCCUCUCCCACCUGGAGUAA